AUGUAUCGAAGAAGAAGAGACCCUCGACGCACCAAAACACCUCCUGAAACCAUUCCCCAACAAGUUCCAUUGACCGAUCCUCAUGGUGUGGACGCUUUGGAAUUGUACUUGUUGGAUCGGCAUCUAUCAUCAACAUCUUUUUCUUCAACACUUUCCGAUCGGAAUGAAAUUGUUCAUCAACACAAUCAAUUUCAAGAUCAUCAUGAUGAUGAAACUCAUGAAGGCAAGGAUGAUCAUGACACGGAUUCAAAAAUUCCUAAACGAAUGGAAUCAUCAUCAUUCAAGGAUGAUCAUUGCAAUAACAAAACCAUGGUUGUGGAUGAAUUUUUAGAUCGUAUCAAAGAAGAGGAAAAUGAUCUCUCAAUGAAACAAGUCAUUGAGAAAUUUGAAAAAUUGAAAUGUGGAAUUCAUGAAAGUCCUUCUUCCAUUGGCAAUUCUGUAAACUCUCAAAUCAUCAAUGAAACUUUAAAGAGUUCAAUCAAGAAAAAGUUACAGGAUCGAGUGUUUAGAGUGAGUGUUGGUGGACAAGUGUUUCAUGUCCCGGCGAGUAUUUUGUCCUUUGAUGUGGAUUUGGAAAAUUCUGAAGGGUGUGAUCGAGAUUUAUUGACCACACUCUGUGAACAAGAAUUUAAUUCCAUGGAGGAACAAGAAGAAAAUCCAUUAUCCUCCUCUAAUAAUCGUUUCAUUAUUGAGAAGGAGAAGGGAUGUAUCAAAAUUCAACGAGAGGCCACUUAUUUUCCAUAUAUAUUGGCAUAUUUGAGAUUGAGACGAGAUUGGAAAUACAUUCAAGCACAAGUUCUUGGAGGUGAAGAAAAGACAAUGGAAAGAACCAACACUACUACAGGAACUGAUGAUUCAAAGAACUAUCCUUUCUAUUGUUUUUCAGAGAAUAGAUUUGAUGGACCAAGAAGAUUACGAAAACAGCUGGAAGAAAAAUUUGGUACCUGUCAAAUUGAUCAUGACUUGAUGAAGAAAUAUUAUGUGAACGAGUACAUUCUUAAAGCAACCAUGUUUUCAUGCCCAUCCAUCAAGUUAUUGAAUUCGAUCCGAGAAGAGGCCGAAUUUUACUGCAUUCCCUCUCUAGCAUCUUAUUUAGAAACGAAAAUCAAAUCCUUGUUCAAUCCGUUUGAUUUGAAUUAUCAACAACAGAGAGACACCGAUCAAAAUUCACAAAGUUUUAGUUUAACAAUGGGAAUUUCCUCUCAACUUGGAGCCACACCAUUGUCUGCUGUUGAAACUACGGUAUUGACUCCACAAAUGGUUGACCGAAUUGACACCGAGUAUUUGGCUAAAUUACUGCCUCCACGUAAAAAUGUGGACUCUCAACAACAAUUUCUUCAACAAUUCACACAAGCUAGUGUUCAGUUCAUCAUUAAUCAAAGCUCCAUCACGCUUCUCAUAAGCUCUCUUUUAAGAUUUAAACAAAGCAAAUUCCUCCCUCUUGCACUUUCUGCAGCCAUGAAACAGAUGAAGCACGGAGGAGACUCUGCACUCCCACCUGUGGUGACACUUGUUGGUAAUAUUGAAAUUUUAUACAUGCUAAAAUUCAUAAAAUAUGGCAAGAUUGAGCGUGAGGAGAUUACUUGGUCUCAAGAACAUGAAACUCUAGUGAAUGAAACUUGCAAGGAGUAUAAUUUACCAGAAUUUUUCCAAUAUAUUCAUUAUUGCUAUGUGACAGACGAUCAUUUGAGAGAAUUAAUUGGAGAAACAAAUUGGAAAAUGCGUGAAGAGGAAGAGUCAUUACGAGAAGCAUUUGUCAUUCUCAGAGAAAAUCCGAAAUUAUUCGAAGAAAGUAAGAAGAUAUUAAUUAAUGUUUUUGAUCAUUUAGAAAGCUUUUCUCCUGCACCAACCAUUGAGGUUCCUGAGAGCAGUCUCUUAUUUAAUUUUGAAAAUCCUUUCAAUAGUUUUAAUGGACGACACAAUGCCCUAUCAAGACCUGAGAUUGUCACUUGCCGAGAGGAGUUUAUAUACAACUUUAAUUUAUUCACAAACAAUCUUCUCAAAGGGUUAGAUUAUUCCAAUGUGUGUUUAGCAGGUGGAUCUAUUUUAUGUACCAUGUUGAGAGCUCCUACAAACCAGAAAAUUUGUGAGCACAAGGUUCAAGCUCAUCGUGCCUUCAGUUAUCGAGAUCUGGAAUUUGAUAAAUUGGAUCCAUACGUUAAAAAAUUGCAAAUCUAUAAGAAAGAAGCAAUUGACGAUCCCAAUGAGAAUAUGAAAUUCUACUAUGAACGAUACAAUUCAAAGCACAGCUAUAGAACUUCUGAUGUAGACAUGUUUUUGUAUGAUCUCACUAAAGAACAGGCAUUUGAAAAAAUUAAGCACAUCAUUCAAGUGAUUAGAAAAAACACUGACGAUGAUCAGGUAUUUCUUAUACGCAGUGGUCAAUCCAUCACUAUCAGAACUUCCUAUUCUAUUCGUUCUUUUCAAAUUAUUUUGCGAUUAUAUUCAUCGAUUGAAGAGGUCUUGUGUGGCUUUGAUGUAGACUCGUGUUGUUUUGCAUUUGAUGGAACCCAUGUUUUUACAACACCACGAGGACGUAGAUCUAUCAUUUAUCGCUAUAAUAUGGUUGACACUUCACGACAAUCCUACACCUAUGAAAAGAGAUUAUACAAGUAUGCAUGUAGAGGUUUUCGAAUCUAUGUGCCAAACUAUAAUAGGAAUUAUGUGAAAAGAGAAGGACUUCUUCAUCCAGUACAAGAAAAAUAUUAUUUGAAAGUUCAGAGAAUUCCAGCUCCAUCCGUCUUGAAUUGUCGAGGUCUUGCUUUUCUAUUGUUACAAGAGAGACGACAUUAUUCAUCUAUUUAUUCAAACUUUGCAUUUGCAAGUCCAAAAAGCUUCCACAAUAAGAUGGAUCGCAAACUAAAAGACAAAGAAAAAGACAAGAAUUUAUUUAAACAUGACAGUGAUUAUUCUUCAGAAAAAAGCGUUAUCAAUACAGAACGUCUGAAUUCACAAGGAAUGGCUCUUCGAUAUCAAAGUAGGGAAAAACUUUUUUUGGAAGGAAAGUUUCCCAAACACUGUCACUUUGAUGCAGUUUAUGGUGUGAAUGAUGUCGAGAAAAUUUUGCACGCCCAGGAACACCUUCCAUUGCAAUUUGUCACAAUCAAUCCAGGACGACAAGACAAAAUAGGAUCCUUCCAUCCUCACAACAGAAACUUUUAUGAAGACGCAUAUUUACCUUAUCACAUAAUUCUUGAAAAGAGAAUGAAUGACAAAGAGGGACAAAAAAAGGGAGAUUUUGCCCUUGUUCCACAUUACUGGAUCAAAGACAAGUACGAACAUGUUUGGUAUUGGGAAAGCGAAGAUGAGCAAAAGAUGGUUGAAGAAGAGUAUCAAAAGUUUGUAUCAGAAGGUAAAACAUCGACAUGGUCGGAUUGUGGUAUUAAUUUUGUGAACUGGAGAAAAUAUGGAAAAGCUGAGGUUGCGAGAGAUUUAGUUUUCGAGUACUUGGUGUGA